AAACAACAAUUAGGAUUCUUCAAAAUAUUAAAAAUCAUUUGUCUCUCAUCUUCCAUGCUCCAUUUCCCAUUCUAAUUGCACCAAUCUCUUAAGGGUGCUCCUUUGAAGAAAGUUAUAAGAAAGCCCUAGUAAUUACAACUUGUAAGCUGUGUCCUAUCAUGUCCAGUGUUGCUAAGGAAAAUGAGGAAUCUGAGAAGAAAGCAUACCUCGUUUUUGAACUUGAGGAUGGUUCUAUUGAAGAAGUAGAAGAAGAGGCUAUAUUCAAAGAAGUUAGUCGUCGAAUAUUAGAAGAACAAACUCCUGAGGAGAUUUCUAGGAUAAUUGAUUUGUGUGAAAAUAUCACAAAGGAAAAGAAAUUGGAGCCUGACACAAACAAAAUUACUGAUGAUCCACGUAUGAGACUUCUAAAUAAAUUACAUGCUAAGAAAGAGAAAGAACUAAAAGAGAAGAUGAACUUUAAGGAUGAUGAAGUAGUAAAGGAAUCAAAGGAAGAACCUUCAGUUGAUGACUUGCUUUCAUUUAUUAAUGGAAAUGAUGAAGGAGGUGCUAGAAAAGCAAAGAAGAAAAAGAAAACCAAAAGAACAAAAUGCCAUUCUUCAAAGAAUGCAAAUGAAGAUUCUAAUGAGAAAUCUACUUCUCAAGAUCAUGCUACCACUCCCAAGGAUGAGCUUAGUGAAGAUGAUUUUGAUCCUGCAUUGAAGGAAAAGCUUGAUAGGGAGGUGGAAGAAUUUGCAAGAAUAUUAAAUUUAGAUCGGUCUGAAAGAAUAAAAAUGUUUAAUUAAUUUGGGACAAAAUAAAAGACUUGUACCAAUGAAUAAUAUGUUGUAAACUUCUACAAACAUAACAAUGGUUCAAUAUGUGAAU